CAAAGUCUUGAUCAAUAAAUUAUUAUUUUUUAACUAGAUUUAUAUUGUUGGCAAAAAAUUAUUAUUGAAAAUGCAAUUUUAAUUAAAAUUAAAAUUAUCUUAGUAAAAAACAAACAUAUUGGAAUGAUUUAAUGCUUGUGAUUUUUUGAUUAAUAAUCAAGAUAAUUAUUAAAUUAUUAAUUUAAAAUGAAGUUUAAAAAAGUGUCAUUGCCAUUCGAUGAAAACUUUAUCAGUUCACUUGAAGAUCCUAACAAAACGUUUGUGAUAGUAUCAAUAUUUGGAAAAUCAUCAUUGAUUGCUAAAUCUUGUAAAGCUCAGUUUGUGAACAAUAUUUAUGACCGUUCUAUUUUUAAUUCAUCUAUGGUUAAAAAUUCCUCUAAAGAUACAUCAAAUCAGACAAAAAUUGAAUGUUUUUAUGACGAAUGUGGUAAAGUUAUUUAUCUUCAUUUAAUUGAUAUUUUUGAUACUCAUACACUAGUUCAAAAUAUUGAUGAAUUAUCAUCUGAAAUAGAAGAAAAAGGAUUUUUAAGAGUUUGGUCUUCACUUAAAUUCAAUUACGCAUGUUCAUUACUAUUUUUAUUUAGUAUAUCUCAUAUUCUUGUACUCACACAUCCAGUCCCUAUAUUUGAUGCUAGCUACUUAAGUUAUUUUAAAGCUCUUGAUUGUUCUAGGUCUAAGUUCCUCAAUGUUUUAAAGUCUGUUUUAUUAAAAAUUCCAAAUGUACCAUCAACUUGGAUUGAAAACACCAGACUAUGUUCACCUCGAUUACUUUUCUAUUAUGAAACUUGUCCAUCAGAGUUUAAAAAUCAUAAUAAAAAUGUAGAACCAUGUCAUUCUGGUUUAAAAAAAGCUGAACAUUCCUUAGAAGAUCAGAUUUAUGGUAUUUUACGGAAACGAAGAAUUAUAUCUAAUAUAAGUACUAAUUCUAUGUUUGCUAUUCCUGCUAAUCAAGAAUAUGUCUUCAUGGACGAUUCAUCUGAAAAUAUUUUAGACUGGAAUGAAUUUUUUACCAAUUCACUUAUAACUAUGUGUAAUAGUACUUCUGUAGUAAUUCAAGAUAAAUUUCAAGAUAUCACAAUUAAAGAAAUUUUGGAGCCCAAUUUUUUUAUCAAACCUCAUAAUUUUAAAAAAUUCAUAUUUGAUCAUAUUGAUGUUGCGUUUAAAAAAGGAUUUGAUGACAAUAUUGGUAGACAUGCCUCAUUAGUACAAAACUAUUUUGAGAUUCCUGCUAUUGGUACUUGGUGUAAAGUUGCAAAUGAGAUGUAUAAACUCUUUGUCUUACGUCAAGAUCUUGAUGAUGAUGCUAAAAUUGCAUUUGAAUCAAUAAGAUCAUUAUUAGAUAUUGAUACUAAUUUUAGUGAACGCCGUUGCCAAAAAGUUCAACCAAUUGCCAUGGCUGCAUACCAAGAUAAUUUACCAUCACAUUAUACAAGAAAUUAUCAUGAAAAUAAGGUAGCCCAAGCUCUUUCUGUAUUUGCUCUUCAUGCCCGUGGACCAUUGUUUGAUGACUACAUACAAAUAUUAGUACAAGAUUGUGAUAAAUUAUGGCAAUCUGGUCGACAGAUGUGUGAAAUAUUAUCAUUGACUGGAAAUCCAUGUACUCAACCUCUUCAUAAAGGCGGUUCUGUUGAUGGCCCAAUUAAGGAACCAGAACGAGAUGACAAUUCUAAUCAACAAAAUGGAUUAUCUACUAUGGAGCAUUCAAGUAGCGUUGUAUAUUUGUCAGCAUGCAACUGUGGUCAUAAACAAGGUACUCGAGAAGAUCCAUUUACCAUUAAAGCUGCUAAUUAUGAUUUUUAUCAGAUGAUAGCUAAAGAAUGUGUUUGUAGUUGUUUAGAUCAAAUUAAUUUUCCAGUGUUUCAACCUAGUACUCAAGAUUACAGGGCAGCUCAAUUAUUUGCCAAACCUCCAGUAAUCGCUGGUAGAAAAAACAGUGCGGGUUUAUUACAUACACCAACUCAACUAGGCAAUACACAAAGUUUGAGUUUAGGAGGAGUUUUUGCUAGUUGUCAUUCUGAGGAUCCAAUCAAUGAUAUUUUAGGAGAAGAGCCUAAACACAGAGAAAAUACUGAUAGACAAGGUCUUACAACAACUGAUUUGAUAAAUAAAACAAAAAAUGAAGAUUCUGUAAAUAGUAAUCAAAUAGUCAUUAGAGUAAUUGAUACUGAUAAUGAUGUUAAAGAUAAACUAUUAGUUCGCCAACCUAGCACUACAGAAUAUCUUCCUGGAAUGUUACACACGGAGUCACCAUACAGUCUUUUACCACAAUUUCCAUCAUGGUCUCUAAUUUGCUUAGGUUCAUCUUGUUUAUACUCUCAUAACAUUGGACUUCAAGAAACACAGCAUCCAGGUUUUUUGAACUCUACUGGUUACUUAUUACCUUGGGAUGUUACUGUUAGAUUAGAGCACCAACCUCGAGAUCGGUUUUGGAAUAAUGAUAAAAACAAAAUUAAUUCUUCUCCAGUGCAACGAGGACGUAAAAUAAAAGGUUCUCGAGAAUUUUCAGUAAAAAUAUUUAUUGGAGUUGAAUAUGAAUGUCCAAGAGGACAUCGUUUUAUGUGUUCUGCUCCUGAUAAAAUAUUAACAACAGCAAGUAAUGGUAUUGUAAAAGAAAAUGGAAAUAAAGUGUCAAACUCAGACAUGCCAUUAUACUUUCCAUGUCCUUGCAGCAGUUCAGCUUCUUUAAUGGCCCAACUUAUGAGGAUUCAUGUUGUUACUCCUAAAGCUCCAGUACAUGUAACAUUAAAUCCAAUGGUACAGCCUGAUGAGAACGGACCUGUUUUUGUUACAGGUUAUGAUAAACCCAUUGAAUUGACUCAAAGUACUUAUUGGGUUCUUCGACUUCCUUACAUUUACGCUGGUGAACGUGGACCAUAUCUUUCUCCAAAAGAUUCAACACAGAAAAAUGUUGGUAAAUUACUGAAAGGAGUUUACAGUGUAGCAGAAGCAACUUCAGACAACAAUAAACUUAAUGUUUGAAAUAUAUAAAUAUAUUUAUAUUAGUAAAAAUGAA